GAGAAGGGCGAGCAGUGGCAGCGUGCUCUAACGCUGCUGUGCGAGUUGCGGAAGGCGAAGCUGAAUCCCAACGUCAUCAGCUUCAAUGCUGGGAUUAGCGCGUGCGAGAAAGGCGAGAAGUGGCAGCCUGCGCUGGCGCUGUUGAGCGAGAUGUGGGAGGUGAAGGUGGAGCCUGAUGUCAUCAGCUAUAGCGCUGGGAUCAGUGCAUGCGAGAAGGGCGAGCAGUGGCAGCGGGCGCUGGCUCUGCUCCGCGAGAUGCGGAAGGCGCAGCUGGAGCCCAACACCGUCAUCAGCUACAACGCUGGGAUCAGCGCGUGCGAGAAGGGUGAGCAGUGGCAGCGGGCUCUAUCGCUGCUCAGCGAGAUGUGUGAGUCGAAGCUGCAGCCAACCUCAGCUACAACGCUGGGAUCAGCGCGUGCGAAAAAGGCGAACAGUGGCUGCGUGCUCUGGCGCUGCUCUGCGUGCUGCGGGAGGAGAAGCUGGAGCCCAGCAUCAUCAGCUGCAAUGCUGGGAUCAGCGCGUGCGAGAAGGGCGAGCAGUGGCAGCGUGCUCUAACGCUGCUGUGCGAGUUGCGGAAGGCGAAGCUGAAUCCCAACGUCAUCAGCUUCAAUGCUGGGAUUAGCGCGUGCGAGAAAGGCGAGAAGUGGCAGCCUGCGCUGGCGCUGUUGAGCGAGAUGUGGGAGGUGAAGGUGGAGCCUGAUGUCAUCAGCUAUAGCGCUGGGAUCAGUGCAUGCGAGAAGGGCGAGCAGUGGCAGCGGGCGCUGGCUCUGCUCCGCGAGAUGCGGAAGGCGCAGCUGGAGCCCAACACCGUCAGCUACAACGCUGGGAUCAGCGCGUGCGAGAAGGGCCUGCAGUGGCAGCGGGCUUUGGCGCUGCUCCUCGAGAUGCGGGACGCGAAGCUGGAGCCCGACGCCAUCUGUUUACAACGCUGGGGCCAGCGCCUGCGAGAAAAGCCUGCAGCGGCAGAGGGCUGUGACGCUGUUCAGAGAGAUGCGGGCGGCGAAGCUGGAGCUUACCUCAGCUACAACGCUGGGAUCGGCGCUGGCGAGAAGGGCGAGCAGUGGCAGAGGGCGCUGGCACUGUUCAGCGAGAUGCGGCAUGUACACUUGGAGCCCGACGUCACCAGUUACAGCGCUGGGAUUUACGCGUGCGAGCUGGGAGGAGCGUGGUUACAGGCUCUCUCCUUUCUGGGGGAAACGCGCUGGAGAAAAUUUGAUCCAGACUUCCACGCCUACGGAAUUGUAGUCAGUAUGUGUGAGCAAGGCGGCCAGUGGAAGCAGGCGUUGUCGUUGCUCAGUGCGGCGGGCGGGGUUGUAGCGGUGUGAUUCGAUCGGCUGCACUGCUGAGAGCAUUGCGGGGUGUAGGCGAGAAAUGUUGCUGCGUACCCUGUCGACCUCAGCGGUGUCUGGGAGCCCAAUUCUACUCAUCAACGCAGCCCCCCCCCGGCUACAACGCUAGGGCCAGCAUAAUCAUGGCGAGCAGUGGCAGUGGGCUUGAGCGCUGCCCAGCGCCAUGCGGGAGGCGAAGCUGGAGGAGCCCAACGUCAUCCGCAUUGCAGUUUUGGCCGAAGCACCGCCAACACGGGCGAGCCCCGGGCUCUCCACGCCGGCUCCCGCGGGUCUUCCGGUGCCCCCAAAGCCAGAGGAGGAGGAAGAGAAAGCAGAGGAGAGAGGGGCCUCCGUAUUACGCGGCAGGGGAGGCCCCCCCCCGCGGAGAAAGGAUCGACGGGGCGGGGAUCCCGUCGACGUGAUUGCGACUUGACGGGGUUUCCUUCAGGCUGACGUCUUCGGCCCUUCGGCGCUUAGGCUUGGAUUGGAGCGCCCCGAGUCUUUCGAUAUUCGUGGUGCACGUCAUCCACAGAUGUUCGUCAAUACUUGCAGUUGCGCGCGCUCGCUUGUAUUUGAUCGUUAUGUAUGCUGUAUGAUGAUUGUGGUUCGACACUUUGCAGGUAGCCCAUGCUAGAACUGCAUGUGCAUUAUGUAGGUGUUUUGCUCGAUAAGCAAUGAUUGCUGUAAUUGUUCUCAGUUGCUUCUUUUUAAGAAGAGUGCUCUAAGGGGCUCCCGAUGUUCACGGAAAACCGUCUCAGUGGUUUGAGCCACCCUUGAACCAUGGUUCGGCAAGAUUUCCGUGUUCGAAUCGUGGAGCGUUCCCAAGCCAUGGGCGCUAGUUGGUGUGGCUCGGCCCCAUCGUUUUUUUCACGCUUGCACCGUCUGUCACACAGUGCCUUCGACAUUGGAUGCGGCAGGCAGGUGGUGAAUGUUGCUACUGACGGCGGCGCGCGCCCUAGCAGACAUUGUCGCGGGCAGCUCCGUCCUGCACCAGCAUUUGACGGUGCAGUUCCGCAGUUGCUCACGAUUUUUCUUUUCCGAUUGCAGAAGAACUUGGACGCCACAGUGUUUUUUUCAGUUUCAUAAAACAUGCCCUUCUCUUGUCUUCUCUUCUUCCACUUCCUCCUGCCCUCGUCGCCCGUCGCCCGUGGACGCGCAGUGCCAUGGCCUCCGUCUGAGCCAUCGCCUCAGAAUGCGCUGAGGCAGCACAUGCGGCUGUCCAAGCCAUGCUCAAUAGGGCGUCGGGAGGGGGAGGGGAUGCGCUGCCUUUUCCGCCGUGACGGCGAGUAUUCUUGUUCCCUUCGAAUCGAUCUCCCGCAUUUUUUCUCCCCGUCUUCUCUUCUUUCCCCCCUUUCCUCGCCCUGUGCGUCCCUAUCUCGCCUUCUGGCUUCCGCCCCCUGCGCUUCUAGCUUCGUAUGUUUGCGAAGUCGGGCUUGUCCCGUCUAGACCUGCAGCGCGAGAUGGUUCUAGAAAAUGAUCAA